GAGAGAUGGAGGAGAGGUUGCGGCUGGUCCUGUGGGUGGCGGCGGCCGGUCUCGGGCUGGCGGUGUGGGACCAGGUCGCCGCCUCCGUCCCUCUGGACGACUUCUAUCCUUUCGGUCUGGAGUUCGGGGACUCGGUCACCCCGGAGGUGGACGAUGGAGGCUCGGGGCUGCUGCACAUCUCCGUCAGCUUCCCCUUCUUCGGGGAGAGGCACUCGGGGCUUUACGUGAAUAACAAUGGGAUCAUAUCGUUCCUGAAGGAAGUUUCUCAGUUCACACCUGUUGCGUUCCCAAUUUCUAACGAUCGCCGGGUGGUUGCAGCAUUCUGGGCGGAUGUGGAUAACCGACGGGCUGGAAAGGUCUUCUACAGAGAGACCAAAGACCCCGUCCUCCUCCAGAGGGCGACCAGUGACAUCAGAAGGUACUUCCCGGAAUUUGCGGAGUUUUCCACCCAAUGGGCCUUCAUCACCACUUGGUUCGAGGUGACCUUCUUCGGAGGGAGCUCAUUUUCACCGGUCAACACCUUUCAGAUUAUCCUCAUCACGGACAAAAAAUUAGCGUUCACCAUUUUCAACUAUGAGAAUAUCACCUGGACAACGGGAAUGCAUGCCAGCAGUGGCGGAGACUUUGCUGGCCUGGGAGGCAUUGCCGCACAGGCAGGUUUCAAUGCCGGAGAUGGAAAGCGUUACUUCAAUAUCCCUGGAUCCCGUACGGACGACAUUGUGGAUGUGGAGAUGACGACUAACGUGGGGGUUGCGGGGCAUUGGGUCUUUCGAAUCGAUGAAGCUCAGGUUGAAGUUGGCAGCUGCAACGAUACAGCCUCUGUGUGCCUGAAUCUGCGGCCCUGUCUGAAUGGUGGAAGGUGCAUAGACGACUGCGUGACUGGAAACCCGUCCUACACCUGUUCUUGUCGGGCGGGAUUCACGGGCCGGAGAUGCCAUAUCGAUGUUGAUGAGUGCUCCUCUUACCCGUGUCAGAACGGGGGAACAUGUGCCAAUGAGGAAAAUGGCUUUAUCUGCCUCUGCACUGCUGGCUUCAAUGGAACAGUUUGCGAAAUAGAUGUUGAUGACUGUGUGAUGGAUCCAUGUCAGAACGGAGGGACCUGCAUCGAUGGGAUCACCGGAUAUAACUGCAACUGUAAAGAUGGAUAUACUGGCAAGCACUGUGAGAUUGCUGAUUCUGUGUGUGAUACUGAAGAGUGUGAAAAUGGCGGCCUCUGUAAGGUGCAGAACGGAAGUGCCGUCUGCAUCUGUCGGGAAGGCUACACCGGGGAGCACUGUGAAACCGAAAUUGAUGAGUGUGACUCCAGUCCGUGCCUGAAUGGAGGAGAGUGCAUCGAUCUGGUGAAUAACUACACUUGUCUUUGCCCUGAAUCGUACACAGGGAAGCACUGUGAGAUUGAUCCCUCUGCCUGCCCAGACGGGAGCUGCCAGAGACGGCAUCAGUGUAACUACAUCCGACCAGGCCGAUACAUCUGUACCUGCUCACCUGGGUUCUACGGCAGCAAUUGUGAAUAUGGUGAGCCCACAAUAUUGGGGGCCUGUGACCCCAACCCAUGUCAGAAUGGGGGAACGUGCAAUGAGACGGAUGACGGCUACGUCUGCAACUGUCCUAACGAAUUUGCAGGAAGUGACUGUGAAAACGAGGUGCUACAGCCUUGCAAUGCUCACCAGCAGUGCCCGCAUGGUGCUUCCUGCACAGAAUACAAAGGAACCUAUCGUUGCAUCUGCCCACAGCGACCCAGUGGGAAAGACUUGAUCCCAUCCCCCUGUGACUCGGAGCCCUGUCAGAAAGGAGGCACUUGCAUCGAACAAGAUGGUACCUACACCUGCAGGUGCCUACCUGGAUUCAGCGGGCAGCACUGUGAGAGAGAAAGACUCAGUUCCUGUGCGUCCAAUCCAUGUCGGAAUGGUGGAACCUGUAAGGAGUCCCAUGGCACUUACCAGUGUGUCUGCCUGUACCGCUUCACUGGCAAGCACUGUGAGACUGGAAAGCCGGAUCCUUGUUCCUCCAGUCCGUGCCAGAAUGGUGGCACCUGUUUCCAUUACAUCGGCAAAUACAAGUGUGAAUGUCCCCAAGGGUUCACUGGACGGCACUGUGACACAGAGGUGGACUGUGGAAUCCCUGAUGAGGUGAAGCAUGCCCAGAUCCUGAUCUCUUCAACCCUGUAUGGCUCUGUCGCUCAGUUCCUUUGUGAGCCUGGCUACUCAAUGCCAGCAGGUAUCAGAGAGAGUAUGUGUCGAAUGGAUGGACAGUGGAGCAAAGCGCCUGUGUGUGAGGAAAUUGACGAGUGCUCCUCACAGCCAUGUUUGAAUGGGGGCACUUGCCGAGACGGGGUUGCUAAUUUCCACUGUGACUGUCAAAGAGGAUACACUGGGAGGUUCUGUGAGUCAGAAACGGACGAUUGCGCUUCGGAACCCUGCAAGAAUGGUGGAACCUGCCAGAACGCACAAGGAUUGUACAUCUGUCACUGUCCGGGCGGCUUCAGUGGCAAUGACUGUGAAACAGUUGUUGAUGGGUGUCGACUGGAUCCCUGUGGUUCUCGCGGCUUCUGCCGCAGUGUGAAUGGAUCCUACAGCUGUACUUGUAAAGUGGGCUAUUCUGGCAAGCACUGUGCUAAAGAGCUUGUGCCCCCAACAGCGCUGAAAGUGGUGAACGCCGAGGAGCGGGAGAUCGAAAUCUCAUGGCACCCGCCGGAGACCGGGACCGGUCAGCAGCCGAUCGACGGCUUCGCCGUGACUCACACAUCUUACGAUGGAGCUGUGCGUAGGACAGACUUUGUCAACAAAAGCAGAUCUCGGCACGUCCUGAGGCUGCUCUCAUCCGGACGGCUUUACAACAUCUCCGUCUUCUCUGUCAAACGUAACGCCAAUCACAAUGAUAUCAGCAAUCCCGCUUCGCUUCUGGUCUGGACGAAGCCAGGCCCCAUUGCUAACCUGUCUGUAGCCAAUGUGACAGCCUCCUCCAUAACCAUCGCCUGGUCUCUCCCUAACCUGAAGCAGCCCAUUGUCGACCGAAUCCACCUCUUGCUGAGGUCUGGGAACGCCGGAGGAGAUACCACCGUCCUCUUGGGCAACAAUGUCACAAACUACACUUUUGAUGGGCUGUCUCCAGGUGAAGUUUACACACUGGAAGCCAUGGCGCGAGGCGGGCUGGUGACCCAGGAAUACCCCGUGGAGAGCCUGUGGACCCGGCCCCUGCUCGUACGCACACGGCCUCUGCCUGCUCAGAAUCUUGUGUUGGCUGGUGUUGCAUCAACUACAGCGAAGAUACAAUGGAGUUACCUGGCGCCCAGCAUGAGUGACGGGUUCAUCAUUAAUGUCACGAGUGGCCACAGCAUCAAAAGCCGCUACGUUCCCAAUGGCAGGUUAACUGCUUACGUGCUCCACGAUCUGACUGCAGGCCAGCAAUACAAGGUGGCGCUGAUGGCUGUUCAGAACACCGAGAGAGGGAAGCUGCUCAGCGAACCUGUCCAUCUGCUCUUCACCACAGCGGGAAGUGAAGAUAGCUCCGGAAAACAGGAAAAGCGUGGAAACUCCAGGGCAGGGGCCGAAGAGCACAACCGCCUCCGCUUGACCCUGCAGCCCAAGCCUGGAGUGACCGCUGGAGAGUUCAAGGACGUCUCCCGGCAAGGAAAGUUCUCAGAGCUGCUGGAUGGCAGAGCGAGGAUCAGUGCCACGUUUACUGACCUGCAGCAGAGAUCCAUCACCCACAGAACACGUCCAGAGCCUCCAAUAAAGCUGGAAAAUCUGGAGGAAGACACCAAUCGUAUUAGUCUGGCUCUGGAGAUCCCAGAGGCUGAGACCAACACUAAGCCAAGUGAUCAGUGGGAAUGUUCCUCAAACCCCUGUAAAAAUGGGGGCACAUGUGUGCGAAGCAUGGACUCCUAUACGUGUGACUGUGACCCAGGAUUCAAGGGGAAAAACUGUGAAUUAUUUUGUAAGAAGACGCCUCAUUCCUGCACACGACUCUACUCUGAAACAAAAACAAUUCCUGUCUGGGAGGACCACGUCUGGCGUUUCAAGUAUAAAAGAAUAUAUAAAGUUCAUCAGGAUACCUGUUAUAAAGAAGUUUGUGAACCUGUAGUACAAAGAAGACCACGAAACAGAAGGAUAUUCAUACAUUAACCAGUCACUGGUCUUUCUAAGCUGAUGUGUGUACAGACAUCACAACAUCUGCAAAAGUGAGGAGUGGAGAUUGGUUUAUCAAAUCCACUGGAUGGUUCGGGCAUUGUACAGACGAGACUUGCCUUUGAAGAGUUGGCUCUAUUCAAUCUGGGGAUGUCGCAAUUAUCAAAGGCCUCAAAACGCAAAAGAACUGGGCCAGUUGAAAUCUGAUCAAGACACAACUAAUUGAGCAAGAGUUUGAGUGUGACUGUGAAAUGAAGAGAAGGCUGGAGUGCUUGAGAAUGUGUAUCUAUGCGUAGACUUGUGUGAAAGAGUGAGUGGACCUGUAUGAAUGAAAGUUUCAAUAACCAUGUGCACUUGUGUGAAUGUGUGUUAAAUUGUUACAUACUUGUAAAUACAUUCCUCAAGCUGAUUGCUAGGAAUUUUGAGUUUUGUCUUGAUUUUGUGACAGCACCAUCCAAACUUAAAUACGAGAAGGCGUGUCAGGUAUAGUGUAUGUAAUACAGUUUUCCUAGAAUGCCCCAACAGUGUGCUUAAAGCUCCAACCUGCAAAGGGAAUUCCCACCGUGUCAAUGUAGCGUUUCCAAUUUGCUUACAUUGAACUCAAUCUAACUAACAAAAUUUUGAACAAAUGUGUGGAGUGCACUCAUCAGCAUUGUACUGGGAGAUGGGUUUAAUUUUCUCAUUUUAACAGCAGAUAGAGAGAUGAAUCCUUCAUCCCAUUAGUCUGGUUUGAACCCCAGGUCUUUCUAAGAUGCAAGGUUAAAGUCUCACCCAUCUCGCCUUGAGAUACAAGUUUAAGGUCUCGUCCAUUUCACCUGUGUGCGGUUACUGUCAAAGAAAGGAGACCUGUUGUAUCUCUGAGCUGGAUUUUAAAAGGCUGCAAUUAAAACCCAACAACUCUGAUACCUGAACCCUACUCACCUAGACUAACCACUUUUAAAAUGCACAAAGAUUCCCACAUCACAGCCUUAACUGCAUCCUCUCUCUCACGCUCCCCCUCUCUCCCAUACUCUCUCGUUCCUCUAUCAUUAUACACCACUAUGCUGGCAAGUUAUCUGUAUCUCCCUCCUCUCUCUCACACACUCUCUUUCUCAUCAUUAGCUAAACUCAAG